CGGGGGAACGGCGCCUGGCCCGGCGCCCGCGGGCCGUGCGUGCGCCGUUUGUUUACGUCGGAGCGCGCGGGCGUGUGUCCCUGGCGAGAGCCCUGGGUCUCCUGCCCGGGCGUGCGCGCGCGGGGUCUUUCCAGGGGGAGAGCGAGCGAGUGUGAGUGUGAGAGUGUGUGUGUGUGUGUGUGUGUGUGAGAGAGAGUGUGUGUGUGUGUGUCCCUGUGUCCGUCUCCGCCCGCGCGCUUGUGUGAGUGUGAGUGUGUGUGUGUGCGUGCGUGCCCGCCCGCGCUCCCGGGCCGCUGAAGACCCCGGGGCCCGCGUACCAGCGGUGCGCCCCUCGGAGGCAGCGUGCCCGCGGGAGUAAACGCGGAAUACGGCCCGAGCGAGGGGAGCGGCCCCGUUCGCGGUCACACGGCGUCCGGGAAUUCUCGCCCGGGCUGUCCCCUUCCCACCAGCCGGCGGCGGCCGGGCCCUUGCUCUCCCUGGAGUUUCCCAGGGCCGCGGCCAUGUGACCGCGGUGUUUGUCCCGCGCCCAGAGCGGGCGCCUGCAGGACCGGGUGGGGCGAAGUAUCAAAGACCUGGCUGGGCUCCGGGGUGACGGAGGGGGCCAGCCCUCGUCCCAGCACUCUGGUCUCAGUCCAGAGGGCAAACAUGUCUGUGGAUCCCUUAUCCAGCAAAGCCCUGAAGAUCAAGCGCGAGCUGAGCGAGAACACGCCGCACCUGUCGGACGAAGCGCUGAUGGGGUUGUCGGUGCGCGAGCUGAACCGGCACCUGCGCGGGCUGUCGGCCGAGGAGGUGACGCGGCUCAAGCAGCGGCGCCGCACGCUCAAGAACCGCGGCUACGCGGCCAGCUGCCGCGUGAAGCGCGUGUGCCAGAAGGAGGAGCUGCAGAAGCAGAAGUCGGAGCUGGAGCGCGAGGUGGACAAGCUGGCGCGCGAGAACGCCGCCAUGCGCCUGGAGCUCGACGCGCUGCGCGGCAAGUGCGAGGCGCUGCAGGGCUUCGCGCGCUCGGUGGCCGCGGCCCGCGGGCCCGCCGCGCUCGUGGCGCCCGCCAGCGUCAUCACCAUCGUCAAAUCGGCCCCGGGCCCGGCUCCCGGCCCCGCCCCCGGGCCCGCCCCUGGCCCCGCCCCCGCCGCCUGCUCCUAGUGCCCGCCGCGCCCCGCCCCGGCCGCGCCCCACGCCCCGACCACGCCCCUCCGGCCCCAGCGCCCCUCCCAAAGUGCCUGAGCGCAGUCUCUGUCCCCAGCUGCCAUUUCUCUGCAGCCACCAGCCCCUGUGGUGAUGACACAUUCCCUCCCCAGAGCCAGUCUUCCUCGUGCCGCCCCUGAAACUAGGACCUGAUGGCCCCGGGGAGGGGUAACUUUGGUGAGAUAGGAGGUAGGGUAGGGGCGGGGGUCUGGGGUCUCCCUAGGCUGAAAGUUCAGCCUUCUUAGAUUGGCGGAUGGGAUACAGAGCGGAUUAGAGAAGGGCUGUCGGGGAGAAGAGGGCCACCCCUCGUCUUGUAAACUGCUCAGAUUGUGCCAGUGGCCCUCCCCAGCCUCCCAGGAUUCAGGACUAGGACUGGCCUUGCAUGUGUCUUGUGGGGCUGACUCGCUGGAAAGCUGAUGCUCCCACCUGUGCUUUGGGCCUGGGGGUGCCUGGCCUUCCAAAGCUGGGAUAGUCGUUAGAAAUGGCUUAGUGAAACCCAGUUAACAGAUGGGGAAACAGGCCUCCAGCGGAUGUGACAGUGCCCAAGGCCACAUAUCUUUAGCGGUUAAACUGGAAUUCAAAGCCAGAUCUUCCCACUGCUGCCUGGAGAUUCUAGCUGUGGUUGUCAGGGGGACGGUGGACAGGGACCGAGAAAGUGGUGGAAGGGCCUCCCUGGCUGGGAGACAGCUGUGAGUCAGGGGAAGAGAAGUAGAGGGAGAGAGAAGGUGACGCAGACAGAACAGAGGGAAGGAGAUGGCCUGGUCAACCCUGGGCUCUCCCUGCGGCCAGGGAGCUGGCCAGCCAACAAAAAAGGGACCAAGGAGGUGACCACUGUGGCAGGUGGGGAGAUGAGAAGACAGAUCCUGGGGUCCUGCAGCCUGGGGUGGGGUCCUUAAAAGGAAAGGGUCCCACCUCUCCCCCUGUGAGUGUCCACUGUGGGGUAAGGGCUGACCACUGCCAUUGAUUGCUGUUCUCCUGGGAAGCCCAGCCCCAGCCCCUCCCCCCACGCUGUAGACAGUUGCCCUCCCGCUGUUUAUUUAUUACACGAAUCUAAAUUAUUCUCCCCAGCCAGAGGCAUAGCGCCCACUCCCUGGAAAGUGGUGUGACCCUCAGCUGGACUUUAUAUUUUAUAUCUGCAAAUAAAUCACAUUUUAUCUUAUAUUUAGGGAAAGCCGGAUGGCAAAAACAACCAAAAAAUGUUUAAAAAAAAUUGCCCGGCCCCCAGAAUUUAUUUAUUUUCUGACUUACAGUAAGCGAGUUAUGCGCCUUCUGUAUUUUGUAGACUUUCUGAAUAAAGUCAAGUUUUCUUUUUCCACAGUGAGGAA